AUGGACGGAUGGCACGAGGUUACUCGUUUCUUCGGAGUCAACUCUCCAAUAAAUAUGCCGAAUGUCACACCGCCAGCCGCGACUCAGAUUCUCUUUGAUGAUUCUGAAGAGCUGAUCUGGAUUUCAAACUCCACGGGACAUAUAUCGUCAUUCUCAGAUCUGGGUAUAGCACCAUACACAAAGUUCAGAGCCCAUGAAACAGCAGUGAUUCAAAUGCUUAAUCAUCAAAAGGGAAUAUUGUCACUUAGUAAUGACAGUCUCAGCUUGACCAGCAGAACUGGAGUUCCGAUCUACCGGAUGCCGUUGAGCGGUUUGAGUUGCAUGGCAUAUACAUCGAACACUCAAAAUGAGCUGCUAGUUGGAGGGUCGAAGGGGGAGUUGAUCAAGGUGGACACCAACAAGGGGAUUGUGACGAAUACCAUUCCUUAUGAGCAUUCUGCCAUUUUGAUGGCUUACGGAGCCAAACAGAUCGUCAUAGGCAAGAUUGACGGUUCAAUUGAUGUGUUUGAUCUCCGGCAAAGCACAGUGAUUAAGACGUUUGCUGCGCAUUCUGGUCUUCUGUCCACAAUUCAUUGCAAAGACAACAUUCUUCUGAGCUGUGGCUUUACCAAGAGACAAGACAAGUUUCUGGCAGACCCUCUGGUCAAUGUAUAUGACAUACGAUCAUUGAGACCCUUGGCACCCAUACCAUUCCCACCUGGUGCUUUCCAGGUCAGACUUCAUCCUACACUACCCAGUGCUGCCAUCAUAGCUUCACAGACCGGACAGAUUCAUGUGGUUGAUAUAUAUAACUCUGCCAACGUGCAGCUAUACCAUGCUCAAAUGGCAGCGUUUGGUUCAUCGCUCGAGGUUGCACCCAGUGGGAACGCUUUUGCACUGAUGGAUGGGUUCCAGGAGAUCAUUGUAUGGGGACGUGGUGAAGAUCCUCCAAAAACUGUGUUGUUUGCAAACCCCCUGGUUUACCCUUCAAUGGAACAUGAUACCCAACCGACUGCGAUAUCUAUCGACAAAGAUGACGAUCCUCUGAAUGGAGUGAAGCUGCCCUAUUACUCGGACACUUUGCUUUCUGCAUGGCCCAUCCAUGCAAAAUUCACACUUGGUGCGAUGCCCGAGAAGAUAGACCCCGAAAUUUUGCAUAGUUCCAAACGCGUGCAACAAUUUCUGGUUGCUCCGUACGACCACGACAAGUUCGGAAAGAGGAACGUCUCCACAAAGUUUCAGGCCAUUAAGAAACUCACCAAAAACGGUGUCAAGGUUCCCAAGUUUAUCAGUGAGCGCGCAACCCUGGAAACCGAAAACUCAAAGUCAGAAACACUCAAGAACCAGACCAGCAUGUUUGAAUACACCUCCCGCACCAACAACGUGCCGAACUGUUUCAGCAAGGUUGAGAUCCUCUAUAGCAAAUUUGGUGUGGAUGACUUCGAUUUUGACUUUUACAAUGUCACGAAAUACGCCGGUCUGGAGACGAAUGUCUCAAACUCAUACUGCAACCCCUUGCUUCAGGUUUAUCGUUUUGAUCCUCUACUCUUCAAUUUUGCAGUGUCGAGCCUUUCUCAGGAGGCUCUGGAGUCCGAUUUGUUACUUUCAGAACUGGGAUACUUGUUUGACAUGUUGGUAAAAGCCAAUGGAAAGCACUGUUGUGCCGCAAACUUUCAGAGAUUGAUGUGUCUUCUUCCAGAGGUCAAGAAACUAGGUCUUCUUGACGACGAUGGGAGAAUCAAGGACAGUUACGGUCAGAGAAGAUUGAUUCAGGCUUUUAACAAAUACCUUCUGAUCAGGCUCUCUACCGAUGAAAAGACUCAGAGAAACCUGCAGGUGUCGUCGAACUUGGAUUCUAUCAUGGGUAUUUAUGUUGAGACCAUUGUCUCGAGCGUGUUUUGCAACGCCAGGGAACGUACCAUGGAUGUCAUGCACUCGUUUGACAUCGCAAGUCUUUCAACUAAUGCGACUAACCACAAGACCAUCGGAAACUCAGUCCUGACUUGCAUGGAGACGUGCAUGAAUAGACAUGUACAGCAACAGAUUGCUUGUAGUGUGUGUGGUAGACAGCAUCUGGUUGAAGUGGUUACGUCUGUUGCGAAGCUGCCUCCUCUUCUUUCUCUCAAUUUGAACCUCAACGACGAAGAGUUGAAUGAACUUAGAGACACCAAGGGAUGGCUGCCCAGCGAGUUCUAUUUUGCGAAAAACCAAGGAAGAGGGUUCUUCUCCCCCACAAAUGACAACAACAUCCCCGCUGAUCACUUUGAGCUUGUUGCUUAUGUUGCCCAGAUCACAUCCAAAGAGGGUUUGAAUCACUUGGUUUCCUUGAUUCGCAUCGAUGAUGCUCCUACUGAAAUGAAGUGGCAUUUGUUUAACGACUUCCUCGUUAUGCCUCUUCCUGAGUCCGAAGUCAUGAAUUUCUCCAGCUGGUGGAAAAGACCCAUUAUUGCAGUGUAUCGAAACACUGCUAUCAGUGUUCCGUUUGCUUUUGAUAUUUUCAAGAGGAAUCUCAACGAUUCCAUCUUAUACAGAGACCAUUUUGCAGAGGGAACCAGGAAAUCAAGAACGAUAGAAUAUGAACUGCUUACAAAGGAAGAGGCCCCAACACCAGGAACCCUGGUCGCAAUUGAUGCUGAGUUUGUUCAGCUUGCUCCUGCCCAAUAUGAAUUCAAGAGUGAUGGAAAAAGCUCCUUGGUUUGCCCAAGAAAACUUUCUCUUGCCCGUGUGUCGGUUAUUCGUGGAGAAGAUGGCCCCAAGUAUGGAGUGCCAUUUAUUGAUGAUUACAUCUCCACCACAGUCGCCAUUGAUGACUACUUGACCUCAUACUCGGGCAUUGAACCAGGUGAUCUGGACUCAGCCGUUUCAACCAAAUCUCUGGUUGACCUUAGAACUGCGUACAGAAAGUUGUGGCUCCUUUUAAACAUGGGAUGUGUAUUUGUGGGUCAUGGCUUGAAGUCUGAUUUCCGCACCAUCAACAUUCAGGUUCCUCAAGAACAGGUCAGAGAUACCAUCAACAUGUUCUACCUGAAAAAGGAAAAGCGUGUUUUAUCUCUUAAGUUUCUGGUCUACAUUCUGCUGAACGAGAGAGUUCAAACAGGCAAUCACGACUCCAUCGAGGACGCAAGAAGCGCUCUGCUGCUUUACAGAAAGUACCUGGAUUUGGAGGCUAGAGGCGAGCUUCAGAUUGCCUUGAACAAAAUUUAUUCCGAGGGGCAGUAUACGAGGUUCAAGGUACCGGAGCAGUGA